AUGAUUCGUUGUCCGUCACAACCUCAACCGGGUCGUGGUGUUGUUCCUAUCACUCUUACUCCCGUGGCUGGAGAGUGCAAGUCUUCCAGCGCUGCUAAAACACCUGAUGGAAAGAGCUGCCUGCAUGGCACUGAGUAUGUUGGAGCAGGAGCUAAAAACCCAGUGACUUGCAAAAAUCCUGCAGAAGUAGGGUUACCAGAGUGUGUACCUCUCGAGAACGAGCUGAAACGUGAACAGCUCAAUCAUCCAGGUGCUGGGGCUGUUGGUGUGGGCAGUGGACAAGUUCAUGAGGUGACGACGACUUGCACUGAAACCACGACCGAUGGAAGGGCUUGCUCCACUCCUGUGAAGUCUAUGCAGCAACAGACCCAAGCUCAAACUGAACGUCUGCAGGGGGAGCAGUCUCGUAACGAAAAUGGCGAAGUCGACGUCAGUGCUCCAAAAGUAAUUGAACCCCUGAACGGACAACAAGUGGGAACUGAACAGCACACAUCCACCUCCCAAUCAACUCUGAGUGACAACAAUCUUUCGCCCACCGCUGACACCGAUAAUUUUUCACCCGACGCCAAGCCCAGGGAAGAGGAACGGUCCGACACAGUGGGGAAUGACACUAUUGUCAACCCCACCGCAAACAGUGACACAACCAAUUCUGGUGGUUCGCCUUCAACAGCGCAGACUCCCGAAACUGGCACCUCGGUUGAGGAUCGCGCCAAUACGGAUCCUACUUCGGCUUCUGCUCUUCAAGGUGCAAGUAAACAAAAUGAUGCUGUGCAAGCGCAGCCAUCUUCCGCACCUCAUUCUCCCAAUACCCCAGGAGAGACAAUACUGAAACCCAGUGACACUUCACUGACUGAAACGGCCAAAGAUACGCAGAAUGCGGACAACAGCUUCAGUCCUGUGUGGUUGCAUGCACCGCUGCUUCUGCUGGCGUUGUUUGGAGUGGCGGCUGCGUGA